AAACGUAUCAAGCGUUUAGCUUUUCGGUUUUAAAAUACUUUCAGAAAUUUAAUGAAGAUUUGUCAAAAAUCGAGGAAUCCAUCAUAAAGAAAGAGGAAACAGUUACGUUAUCAGUCCUGCAAUGUCACAUUUCACAAUAUCAGAAAGAGAUUACUGCGAUAUUUGAUGUGUAUCAUCAGGGGAUCAAAAUCGUUGCAGAAAGACCGAACUACGAGAAAGUCGCAUUUUUCCUAAACGCAUUUUACCAUGAGAUACUGCUUGCUGAUGGCCUUGGAGAUUAUGGUCGUUGGAAGGUGAAAAUCUUACUACCUCUGUUCUUGAAUACUCUGGAACCCUACGUGGAAUUUCUUGAUGGUUGUCUCACUGAAGGAAAGUUAAUCGAUGCCGCUGAUGAGUUCUGUAUUCAAAGGCUUUCUACAGUCGUCAACCAGGGGCCUGAAUUAUGGGCAUCAGUUUUAAAAGUCAAAGGUGAAAUUGAAGCUUACAGCGUUUCUUGCCCGACAUUUCUCCAGCCUGUCCUUCCAGAAAUUAUUCUCGCUGGAAAGUCUAUUAUCCUUCUUGAAAGUUUGGGCGAGCUUUCGAAGAAUGCUGAUCGACUUUUACAAGAGGAAUCUUUGAACACAAUGUUCGCACGUUCUGUGUCGACCCUCACGGACAUUCAAAAUAUGGCAGAACUAUUUCAACUGUGUUUUUAUCCUCAUAUUCGAGCGAAAUACGAAAAGAGUUGCAGUUCUUUAAUUCAUCUUUUGAAAACUGAAUAUAUGUUAUUAGAUCACCUUGCAGCCCUAAGGAAAUUUUUCUUCCUGGAAGCGGGAGACGCUAUGCAUCAUUUUUACACAGACAUCUUUAAGAAGUGCAAUCGUCAUGAACGAUGGCAAGACAUGUCAUAUUUAAACAGCUUGUUUUACGAAUCUCUCAGUCCUGCAUAUUCUGAAAUGAAAGAGAGGUUUACAGUGGGCUAUAACAAACCAGAAAAAUUGACGAUAGACUCGUUUGAAGGCUUGGAGCUAAAUUAUAAGGCACCCUGGCCAAUUAACCUUGUGAUAGACGCUUCAUCUCAGAAACGAUAUAACGAUGUUUUCUUAUUUUUGUUGCACUUGAAACGUGCAAAGUGGAGUCUGGAUGAUUUACGUUUUAAAGAUCUACAACGCCGGCAGAUCGCCCCUAACUUUGAAGACAUUGAGGAUGAAGAGAAAACCCCAGUUCAACCGGGUCCCGUAAUGGAUUAUCGUGUUCAGCAUCGAUUGCAUCUUGUCCGUUUUGAUCUAAUGCAGUUUGUUAACGGCAUGCAUCAAUAUAUUAUGACCAGGAUUCUUCACAGCAAGCUGGAAUUUAAAGAAGCUUUAAACAAGGCAACAGAUUUAGAUGAAAUCAUCAAAGCUCAUUCGCUUUUCGUGGAGAAGAUUUUUGAAAGAUGCCUGAUGACGAAGAAGCUCGAAGUUAUGAAAGUUGGUAUUCUCAAAGUCCUAAGACUCGCCGUGAAAUUCAGCAAACUAUGGCGUCUGGAUGUCAGAGAUAACAGGGAAGGUUUAGUGAUAUCCAUGGGUGAAGAUCUUCAAAAAUGGAGAACAUUCAUAAUGACAUUCUUGACAAAACAGAUAAAACGCGGUUCAUACCCACAAUUAGAAGCAUUGGCUUUCAGUUUGGGAUCAAAGAAGCAAAUAAACGUUGGAGAAAGUUAGGGCGAAUUGUGGAC